AUGGACAGCGAAUUCCUGGGCGCAAUCAAAAGCCAGACGAUCCCGAUGCGGUCGUUUGACACAAUCGCGUGCUUCACCAAUAUCCCCUACGUCUUCUUCUACGAGAACACGCACGCUGCACCCGACUUCAUGCCCACGGAUCUUCUGAAGAAAUCAUUGUACAAGACCCUUGCCGACUUCCCGUUCCUUCUCGCCGAUAUCACCACCGAUAACUGCGGACGCGGCUACUUGACAGUCAAUGCCGAUAGCCUGAAUCUGCCUGACCUCCAAUGCUCCACCAGCCAAAUCACGUAUGGGGAGUUGAAGGCGCAAAAAUUCGCGUGGUCAGCGUGGCCAAAGAAUACGGUGACGGCAGAGUUCCUGGCGGAACGCGAUGCCCAUGGGCGUCUGAAGAUGGUGCACAUAAACAUUGUCAGGCUUGCAGAUAACUCGGGCCUGAUAUUGUUCGCCAAUGUGCAUCACUAUGCGAUUGACGCCAAGGGCAGCUUCGAGUUCCUCAACCAGUGGGCAAGGAACUGUGCGCAGAUGCAAGUCAUAAUGGAGAGCCUGCCGGAGGUGCGGCGCCAGGGCAGCCUGACGACCAGGGGGAUAUUCAGAGAGCGCAGCAUUCUGGCUACCCUGCUUGCGCAUAUCCCGAUGGAUAAGUACGUGUCUUCGGCAAUCAGUGCACUAGGCGACGGAACCACCCAGGGCCAUAUCUUCCGCAUUAUGCGCACCACCCUCGAUACACUGCGUGCUGAUCUCCAGGAAUUCGUACCAGAGGGCACGCGGAUCUCCGACAACGACAUGAUUGUGGCUUUGGUUAGCAAGACAAUCGGACAGAGCCAGAACGAAGCAUGCAAGAGAAGCUGGCUUGGAGCCGCUGGAGCAAAGCUGGCAAGUGUGCUGGGCUGGACGACCGACCAGCCCGUAGAACUGGCUGUAGACACUCGCCGGCACCUGGGCAUCCAGGGGUAUGUUGGCGGGGCGCUGAUUAUACAGCACUUCGUCAAUCCACUGAAGGAGGUCUAUGCGCCGACGACGCUCGAGGGGCUGGCAAAGAUCGUCGUGCGCUCACGCAAUACAGUGGAUAAUAUCGAUGCUGGGGUUGUCCGCGACUAUGUUGACAUAACUGAGGAGAAUCCGCAGUAUAUGUUCCGGCUGACAGCACAUUCGACGAUGCACGGGAAGCUUGCGAGUUUCUCCAACCACAGCCGCCGUGGGCGAGUCCGACGCUGA